CCCACGAGGAACUUAUGCGCGAGUCGCGCCAGCUAGCUACCAAAGCGCGAUUCGCCCACCACAUCGACCAGACCGCCAUGGUCGCCAUUUGUCGCCUCCGUCGCUCAUCCGCUGUCGCACGCCCUGGAGCGCGACGUCUUCCAACCAGUCCCGACAAUUGUUCCCCCAUAAUCACGCUCUCCCAUCCCAUCAUCGUCAGCGCAGUGCACUCACGGCUCGCCCGGGCCCCAUUUGUCCUGCCCUCGCACGCAUACGGUGAUGCAGGUCACGAACGUAGUACCAAUGCACGACGCGGAUUACAAGCGUCGACGCCCCUUCACCUUCAAAAUCCACCUCACAGGCGUAUGCCGUCGUCGCCUCCUCGUCCUCGUCGCCUCGUCCUCGUCGCCUCCUCGUCGCCUCCUCGUCGCCUCCUCGUCCUCGUCGCCUCGUCGUCGCCUCCUCGUCGUCGUACCUUCUCCGUCGUCGCCUCCUUUUUCGCUCCCGCCAACAACGCUAGCGCCGGUGCCUCGAUCCCGUUCCCGCCGAGCGGUCCUUGCUCAUCGUCGCCUCCCUGGAACGAGGUUACUUGAGUUGACUCAAAAGUCAGCUCCUUAGACGUACUUUUAGUAAGCACUUAGGAGAAGUACCCACCGUUGGAUGACUUCUGAAUCGACACGCGAUUCAGGAGUGCCGACCGUUGGAUUCGCACGGCAUUCUGCAGGCGACUUAAAAGGCGAUAUGAACCCGCUCGCCGCGAGUCACGGCUUGCUGUGCGCCAUAGUGCGCUAUGGGCCGUGGUCCGACGCUGCGCUCGUGUCGGCGGAAACCCUAGAGCGGCGGCGGCAGCGCCUGCUGGCGCUCGCGGACGAUCUGCGCGCCGUCGUUCCCUCCCCGUGCGUUGCGCUCGUGUCGGCGGAAACCCUGAGGCGGCUGCGCCAGCGGCGGCGGCUGCUGAGCCUCUCGGAAGAUCUGCGUGCUGUCGUGACGGACGGUGGCGAUUCGUGCGACGCGGACGACGCGGGCGAUGGCAGUGCGUGCGACAUUGGCGAUGUGGGUGACGUGGGCGACGUGGGCGACGAGGUGAGGGUUGAAUGCAGUGGGAGGGACGACGUGAGGGAUGGAGCAAAGGAAAGUGUAUUUUCGGACCCUAUGGCUGAAACUGACCCUGGGGGCACUGCUAGGGUCGAUUCUGAAUUCGUGGCUUAUAACGAGGCGGUAAAAUGGUUGGGAAGGGGAGUGGUUUUUGAGAGGAUAGGAGAACCGGACUCUAUGCAGCUGUCCGUGAUUAUAACGAAGAGAGAGUGGACUAGGACUAGGACAGGAGAGACGGCAGGGCAGGGUGUGAUAGUAACGAAGGAAGAAUUGGCAGGGGUUCAGGCAAGAACACGGACAGAUGAGAUGGAGCCGGAAUUGAGAGGGGUUGGGAGUGUGACUGUAGAGGGGGCAGUGGAGAACAGGAAGGCUACUCAGGGAGAGGGAGCGACUGUAGAGGGGAUAGAGGGGAACAAUGUGACAAAGAAGGGAGCUGGGUGUCCAACAGAAGCAGCUGUGGGGCAGGUUGACCGAGGCUGCCCAGAUGUGACGGUAGCGAAGGCAGGGGAGUUUGGCAGAGCAGCAGGGCGCCCGAUAGAAGCAGCUGGGAGUGGGAGGCAGGUUGAGCGAGUGGGUGUGUAUGAUACACUGAGUGCUAUAGCGAAGGCUGUUGUGAUUAGAAGCGAGUACAUGAUCGAGAAAGGAGACAGAGGUUACCAAGAUGUGACUGUAGCGGAGGCAGCAGGGGGGAACAUUAGAGCAGCAGGGGGGGACCGCACAGCAGCAGGGUGUGAGGUGGAUACUAAGCCGGAUCAUCGGAUGGGCCGGAUGCUCAAUGCAGUAAUAAAGGCCGUUGUUAUUAAGAGCGAGUAUGAGCGGGUAGAGCUGUCCAACGUUAUGCAAAGAGAAUCGCAUAAGGGUGGAGUGGUCAGCAUGAUACGGCAGGCAGUGUUCAUAAAAAGCGAAUACACAAAUGAGAGCAAGGUUUGCUGGAGGGAUAUAGAGAGCAUGGUGGCAGAUUCUCAGAGUGCGCAGAGCACGGCACGGAAUGUGAGAUCAGGGCAGCACACGAGCUCUGUGACGCGAGAUCAGGGGCGAGAUGAUGCGAGUUUAGAGGCGCCUCAGAGAUCCGCUGAGGUGCGAGUCGAUGCAGGGGAGAAGAGUGCGUCGGAGGACGUGGAUGCUAGUUGUGGUAGGGACGGGAGGGACGGUCUCUGCGGUGGGUGCAGUCAGGGGAGUGUUGCAAGGGUGCAGCAUCUACAUCACAUGGCACUGCUGCCCCCCUCGCAACUGCAGCAGAAGCAGCAGCAGCAGCAGCAGCAGUGGUUGGAGGAGGGGGAACAGAAUCGGUCGACGCAAAAGUGGCAGGGGUUGAAGGCACUAGCAGGGUCCAUCGGCAGUGCAGAUGCCACCUCCCGUGAACUAGCCAGUGCAGAUGGCACCUCUUUUCCAGUUGCCAUGUUCCCAAGAGCACUCCCCCAGAUGACCAGAAAUGACAUCUGGGAAGCCUUUGAGGGGAAUGGGAGGCAAGAAUCCAGCCAGGUGGCUGCCACAGUGAUGGGAGAAGCAGGAAUAGAGGAGAACACUGCAGAGCAGACCAAGGGAAUGGAAGAGUGCAGUGCAACAUGCGCAAUGGUGAGUGGCUUGCAGGGGCAGGGUUGGUCACUGUUUCCAUCUGACACUGGUCAAGAAGAGCAGGAAAUGCUGCAAGGCUUAAUUCGAAGAAUGGCGAUUAAAGAGGGCGGGAUGCUAGAGGAGAUAGUGAUAUGCACGUUGUGGGAUGAUAGGGAGGAGUAUAUUCCCCAGAUUGGAGAUCUGGUAUGGGAUGAUUUUGUCGACAGGCUUAUCGAGCCGACGGAGGAGUGCUUCCAAUUUUGCUACUGCCCGGGGGCUAUCAGUAGUGUGCAAUGACCUUGAAUAUGAGUGGGUUCUUUUUAUGUACCUUAUUGCAGAGGUAGUGUUUUGGUUUUGGACUGAUGUCAAAUAACAUAACAAUGUAGUU